AGUCUACUAGUCACAGUGUAGCUCGCGGAGUAUGAGUCUAGGACCUGUUGUUCAGCUGAACGGGUGAUAUUCAACAGGGCUAGGGCAUACCAACCGUGCAGAUGAGGAUGCUGUCCGUUGCUGUCCUCCUGACCUUGCUGUCUGCAGCUGCCCAAGGGCAGACCUUCCUGUCCACAGACGGACAGCACUUCAAGCUGAACGGCCAGCGAGUCUUUCUGUCUGGAGUAAACAUGGCCUGGUGUCGGUACGGAAGUGACUUUGGCGGCGGCCUGUACUACUCUUACAAGUCUUCAUCACCGUGUCCGAGUUCAAAGUCCAAGUACGAACAAGCCAUAAUGGACAUCGCUAACAACGGCGGCAAUUCACUUCGUGUGUGGCUGCACGUAGAAGGGCAAGAGACACCUGUGUUCUCCUACUGGGGUUCCGUCACACAGACCGACGCUACAGAUGAACUGGUCAACGAACUGAAGGACAUGCUAGGCUUUGCGCAGCGGCAUAACGUGUUGGUGUUCCUAGUCCUGUGGAACGGCGCUCACCAUGGUAACCACUUCUGGAAGGUUCGCGAUCUGGUGUGGGACGACCUGAAGCUCGGCACGUACGUGGAGCAGGCGCUCAGGCCGCUGGCACGGGGGCUGAAGGACGAGAGGGCACUCGGCGGCUGGGAGAUCAUAAACGAACCUGAGGGUAGUCUGAGGGUUCAGCACGACCCCGAUCCCUGCUAUAACACGGACUUCCUGGCCGGGAGCGGUGCCGGAUGGGCGGGGAACAGCGACGGGUCAGAGUUUUAAUUACCGUGGCCUACA